AUGUAUGAUCAUUUCUAUGUUUCAGGAUCCUCACGUGAUCCGCUUCGUUCAGCAGAUCACAAUGACGUUGAAUGUGCAUCCCUGUUGGGCUUCAAACCUUCCGGCAGUCAACUUCAAGCACGUGUCGAACCAAGUCUCAUGUACGACUUUCCCCUACCGAUCGGGGGUAGUCCAGGGACCGCAAGCACCUCGGCCGGUCCAGGUCUGAAUACAACCAGUACAGCAGCAGCAUCAUCACCAUCCCAACCCCUGAUCACAGGUUCGGAUGGUGAACCGACCCCUUUGGGGACAACGGUUGGAGGAAAAUUGGACAAAUUGAUCAUGCCUAAUGCCACAACAAUUGGUGUACGGAGCAAAACAAACGCUCUAAUGGAACAGAAAAACAAUUCGAAAACAAUUAGCAAUUACGAAGCUACAGUAGACGGUGUCGCAAUCAAUCGAAAACUCAGUCUUCUGCCUACUCAACCCAAAGGGAACAAAGCAUUGAAAGUGACCGCCACAAUAGAUAAACCACCACUCACUUCCGUCGUCAAUUUGGGCAAAGAUGGUGGAAUGGAUUUGGACUCGUGGCAAAUGGGACCACCGGAAUCCGCUUCCGGAGUACCUCAGUAUGAGGAGUUUUUAGCCAUUCAGAACUCAUUCGCUAUCACACCACCACGCCUUUCGAUUGGGUCUGUGGAACGCGUAGACGGCAGACCGAAAAGUCGAUCACAUUCACCUGACUGA